AUCGGCAUUCUUGUUUCCAUAGUGGUUUCCUCUGCCGAAAACUCGAAAGUAUUGAAUAGGGUUUGCUUAGUUUCUUCGAUUCUUUUACUCAAUCCGAAAAUUUUUUGCAAGUCCUUGUUAAGUCAUUAAACAUGGAAGCGGCUGAAGAUAAACCGGCGGAACUAAUGGAAGUUUCUAACAACUUGGGCGACCUCGACAACAUUUUGUCGGCAGCAGAUAAUCUUGCAGAAGCUCUCGAUUUAAACAGUCCAGGCGUAAAGGAAAAAAGAGAAAACGUGAAUGGAUCGAGUAGCCUACAGGACGACCAGGAUGAAAGUGCCAAUCUGGAGAAACAAAAGGGCACAGCCGAGGAUUUGGACUCUUCGUCAGAAGUGGAAAUGGUCGAAACUAUUGAUGCGAAAAACAGCGCGGAUAUCACUGCAGUUGAAGUGGAAUCUAAGCCAACAGAAAAUGAAAAUCAUGAAAAAUCUAAGGAAAUUAACAGUCAAAAACAACAAGAAUCUGCCUCGUCUAAGACGGAAGAAAAACAAAGCACCAUCUCACACCCCCAAGUAGAAUCAAUGGAAACAGACGUAGCACUUUCCUCUCAAAAUGAAUCUGUCAAUGAUUCAAAGGCAAAGGCCGGUGUAGUUGAAAGUGUUCAGCCACAAUCACCACGGGUCAUCGAACUCCUGGACGAUGACGACGAAGACGUUGCUCCACCGCAAGCAAAACGUCCAACCCCGGAAUUACAAGAACCAAAACUUCCCGAGCCUCCUGAAUCGAUUUCCAGUGAAGACUCUAAAUCUGUCCCCAUGGAUUUCGCGGAGACAAAAGUUGAGACUAAGUUGGAACCCAAAGUGGAAUCGGUAGUAUCCAGCGACGACGAAGAGAGCAUUUAUUACGACAAGGAGUGCGUGAACUAUGAGUGCCAGAGGGUCGCGAAAAAGUUCUUCAAGGCACCGCUUUUCACUUUGAAUUUUUACAAGAUUCAAAGGAAGACCAACAAGACUCAGUUUGUGUGCAACGAUUGCUACGACAAUGCUGUAAAGAAAUAUGAGGUUUUAGCUAUGGCGCUUGAAGCUCAUCAACCAUUGUUGGAACAGGAUAUUCCCAAAAGGCAAGACUUCGUUGAAAUUUUAGAUAGUAGCGACGAAGAGGAUGCCUCAAGUGCAGAUAAAACCAAAGAUGAACAGGAAUUCGAAAGUGAAACGAUUGAGAUGCUUCAACGAGAAUUGGAUGAUACGAUUUGUGAUAUUCUGAGUAGAGUGGAGAUAAAAAAUCAAGUUAAUUGGUCAAAAAACAUUCUCAUGGAGAAAAUUAACAAGACAGAAAUUGAAUGCCAAGAGAUUUCAGAAACCUUAAAACAACUACAAAAAAGCGCAGAUAAAAUGCAUACCACUCUCUAUCAAUGUCCGAAAAUUAAGAUCAAAGAAUUAACGGCACUGGAUUUAAAUACUGGAAGACCAUUCUCUUCAGAAUCGGAGUAUACGAUUCCUCCUCUUGGUGAGCUUAAAUAUCCAAAUAUCGACAUGGUUGGAACCUAUUAUGCGGUGCGGAAUAAAGCCAUCGCCAGUUGGUUACCAUGCCGUGUAAUUGAAACAAUGGAUGUUGUCAUAUCUGGUCAGAAAUCCGUGAAAUAUUAUAAAGUCAAAUAUCUGCGUAUAAAAGUACCAACAGUGAAGUGCGUUUCGGCGAAACAUAUGGCUUAUGGGGAUCCACCGAGUGUUCGACUUUCAAUAGGAACUCGAGUCAUUGCGUUAUUCGAUGGCUCCACUUUGAGCAGGAGUAACAAGGAAGUCGUUGCGCCAAACGCCUUCUAUCCUGGAAUUAUAGCGGAACAACUUCAAGCUUAUAAUAAAUACAGAUAUUUAAUCUUCUUCGAUGAUGGCUACGCUCAGUACGUGCACCAUAAAGACGUUCGAGUCGUCUGCCAUACAGCAGAAAACGUAUGGGAAGAUGUUCAUCCAGCAUCUCGAGAGUUCAUCCAUAAUUAUUUGUCGCAAUAUCAAAAGCAUCGACCAAUGGUUCAAGUGAAAAAGGGGCAGAGUAUGAUAACCGAAUCAAACGGUAAAUGGCUUUACGCCAAGGUAGUUGAUGUUGAUGCCAGUUUAGUUCAAAUGCAAUUUGAAGGACAAAACCGUUAUGAAUGGAUAUAUCGUGGAUCCACACGACUUGGUCCCUUAUUUAAGGAAAAGCAAUCGAAUGGAACAGCAGCCGCUCCAGCUACAAUACCCAGACGCACCGAACCAUACGUUCGAUAUGAUGAGGAUACAACACGCAAUGAUACAACACCGCAGCAAUCAGCCGAAAAGCAAGGAACGCGUGCUGUAGCCAAAAAGAGCACUUCACGACAAGAAACUCAGCCACCAGCUACUGCUGCCUCAGCCUCAGCCUCAGCUUCAGCUCCUCUUGUUAAACAUUUGAACAAUUCAACUAUUUUCUUAGAAGAUGACAAUCGACCAAAAGGAAAGGUCGUUUACUAUACUGCGAAGAAAAAUUUACCUCCAAAACAAUUUGUUCCACAUGAGUGCAAUCCUAAUUGUCUUUACACCAUCACACAUAAUUUACACAGCUACAGUCCGCUGGCGAAGCCUCUCUUGUCUGGCUGGGAAAGGCAAAUUUUCAAGAAUAAAUUGAAGAAGUCGGUGGUGUAUCGAGCCCCAUGCGGACGUCGAAUACGAAACAUGGAAGAAUUACAUCGAUACUUGCGCUUGACGAAAAACGUUUUGAACGUUGACAAUUUUGAUUUCGAUUGUGCUAUCCAUUGUUUGGCUGAGUAUGUGAUCGAUAGUAGUAUUAUCACAAAACCGGAUAUAUCUUUAGGAGUUGAAAACAUGGUUAUUCCAUGCAUAAACUACUACGACAACACCAUUCCACCACAUUGCGAAUAUUCGCUUGAACGUAUUCCAACCGAAGGAGUUAAUAUGAAUCUUGAUCCUGCAUUCCUCGCUGGAUGUGACUGUGAAGAUGACUGCCUCGAUAAAUCCAAAUGUAGCUGUUGGCAACUAACCCAAGCAGGGGCUCGGUUUGGAAACCCAAAUACACCACCAGAGAAUGUUGGAUACUCAUUCAAAAGACUUUUGGAACCAGUGCCCACUGGUAUUUAUGAGUGCAAUGUGAACUGUAAAUGUUCUAAAGAUUGCGUGAAUCGUGUUGUUCAGCAUCCACUUCAAGUAAAACUCCAAGUUUUCAAGACUUCGAAUCGUGGUUGGGGCUUGCGGUGUCUGAAUGAUAUUCCAAAAGGAACGUUCAUUUGUAUCUAUGCUGGGCAUCUGUUGACUGAACAAAAGGCUAAUGAGGGUGGUGUAAAUGCCAGUGACGAGUACUUCGCUGAAUUGGAUUAUAUUGAAGUGGUGGAGCGACUAAAAGAAGGAUACGAGUCGGAUGUACAAGAAGAUAUUGAAAGUGAAGACGAGGAUAUAGAGGAACCCAAUCCCGACGCCGACUCUGAUGAAGAGUUCCGGUCUAAGUGUAGUGUUAAUAACAAAGAUGGAUCUAUCAAUACGCGGCUACGCACACGACGUGGUACCUGUGACGAAGAGAAAAAGAAGAAUGGCGUUGAUGGCUCAGAAGAUAGCCAAGAGCGACAAGUGAUUAGUUUUGAACCGAAUACUUCGCUUGGGAACGAAGAACAAACAAAUACGAAUACAAAAUACAAGUCCAUUCGUAAAUAUUUUGGCAAAAAUGAAUUUUGCUAUGUCAUGGAUGCAAAGAAAACUGGAAAUAUUGGGCGAUAUUUUAAUCAUUCCUGCGCCCCGAAUCUCUUCGUCCAAAACGUUUUCGUAGAUACGCAUGACUUACGUUUCCCAUGGGUAGCAUUCUUUGCCUUGACACAUAUUCGUGCUGGAACGGAGUUAACAUGGAAUUACAAUUAUGAAGUCGGUAUUGUGCCGGGUAAAGUGUUGUAUUGCGAGUGUGGUGCACCUAAUUGUCGUGGACGGCUGUUGUAAAGGGUGAAAAUGAGGCGCUAAGUGUUUCCAGCGAAACACAAUGGACUUAUUUAUAGUAAGAUCGUAUAGGAUAUUGACGUGUUGUUUUAAUGUAGAUUCUGAAAUGAUUUUAUAUUUCUAGAUGAUGUUUCAAUGAGAGUACAUUUAUUGUGAAACAGUGUGUUAGGUUUUUCGUUCGAUAAGUAAAAUAAAACUGAUAUAUUUGAUUGACA